AUGCUUGGCGUGUUUGAUAAGAUCAAGUUUAAAUUCCUCACCAAGAGACGCCUUUUUCUCGCUACGCUGACAAUAUUCGCUACAAUUGGUGUAUAUUCCCUCGGUGUGGGUAUCUGGCUCUACCUCGAGAGGACGGAUUUUCACGAAUUGACGCCAUCCUCAUUUUCUGCCUUUUCUACUGCCGGUCUGUGUUGCUCCACAGGAGUUGCAGUAUGGAUUAUAUGCACGGUUGGAUUCAUCAGUGCUACUGCGUAUAAUCAACGCCUCUUAUAUACGUUCAAAUUCAGUGAGAUGCCCUCUUUUCAGUAUAUUGGGUUUGUCAUUCUGCUCGCAUUUAUUCAAACAAUAACGGGUCUCCUAGGAUUUACCUACAAGGAUGCUACACGUGAACAUGUACGUAUGGAUUUAUUGCACAAUAUUAAUCGAACUGCUCUAGUGACUGGCAAUGGUCGCGUUUUUGACCUGACCGUGUCCUGGGAUAGGCUACAGAAAUCGCUGCAAUGUUGCGGAGUGAAUGACGAGUCUGAUUGGUUCUACUCUAAUCGAUGGCCGUCCCACAAAUUUGUUCCGGACAGUUGUUGUGACCCAAAACACUUCUCAGAUAUUGACUCAAUGGCAAACUGUGGAAAAGUGGAAAAUAGCACACUUUUGUUUCAACAGGGAUGCUUCGAGGUGUUUGCCGAUUGGCUGUAUCAUCAUGUAUCUAUUAUGAACUGGAUCUCCUUUGCCUUACUCAUUGCUGAAGUGGGAUCUCUUGCAAUAGCAGUUCCGCUCUCGAAGUCGGAAUCGUUCAAGGUGGGAGCGUCGCAUACGAGAAAUGGUUCUUUCUUCAGUCGUGAUGAGUACCAUCGUUGUUUGGUGGAAAUGAAUGAUUUGGAAACCAGAGAUCUUCGUACGCGUCCUAUGGACAGAAUCGGUGAUGCGCGCCAGGAUCCAGUGGACAUUGUCAAUUAG